AUGCUGGCAUUAAAGGUGAUCUUUCUUUAACCUUUCUUGAGCGCAAAACUUGCCACCACUUGCCAUUAGCGCUACUUUUGUAGCACUAAUGGCAAGUGGUGGCAAGUUUUGCGCUCAAAUCAUGUUAGGUCAUUCUAUCUUCCUGAACACCAACCUGCACCUUCAUCAUAUAUUUCUCAUUUUAAGUCGCGUACACCACCACACUGCAGCAGGGUCGAUUAUUGUGCUUGUGGAAGAACUAAAUUAGAUAUUGUGGACGAGAAGUGUGGGGUUUGUAAAGCUGCUAAAACUAUUGUAAUUAAAUGUGCUAAAGAGAAGAAGUUAUCUGAUGAAGUUAUUUUCUUAUUUAAGCCUAUCAUUUGCAGCAAAUGCAAUGAACGCUUUUCUGAUGUGACCAAUUUGAAAGCACACAAUGAUAUUGUCCAUCGUUCUCAGACUCUUGCUACUGAGAGCAGUAGACCUCACUCACUUAUAAAGACUCGAUUAAAAAGUAUGAGUGUUACAGAGUUGAAGGCGGCCCUGAGGGAAAAAGGCCUAUCCACCUCUGGUAACAAGGAAAUUUUAGUUCGAAGGCUGGAAAGUGUACUGCCAAAUGCGAAGUAA